AUGGCGACCUUGGCCCGGUCAUUUUCCUCCGAUAGUGCUGACCUUGCUGUCCUAGUCCCCAAUAAACCCACUCCGCUGUCGAUCUCCUAUCAGCAGUUACAUAACCAUAUCGCCGAUUUCCAGGCUAAGCUAGCUCGACUGGGUGUCACUCAUGGCGCUGCCGUCUCGCUGGCUCUGAUAAACUCCUAUGAGUUCAUAGUCGCCUUUCUUGCCGCCUCCUGGCAGCGUGCCAUCGCCGCGCCCUUGAACCCGGCCUAUAAGCAAGAGGAAUUCGAAUUCUACAUUGACGAUCUGAGCUCCACUCUGCUUUUAAUUCCGAAGGGGUCAUACAUAAAGGAUGGACCGGCUGUUCGCGCGGGCCGGAAGUACCAGGCCGCUAUCGCGGAGUGCUACUGGAACGGUUCCGAGAUCAUUCUAGAUGUCAAGGAACAUGGAAAACUGGCAGGCAAUGGAGGCGCAGAUAUUCAGGAAGCUCAACCCGAUGACAUUGCCCUCGUUCUACAUACCAGUGGGACUACUGGCAGGCCCAAAGCUGUCCCACUCACUCACAAGAACCUAACAACCACAAUGAGGAACAUCCAAGCAACAUACAACCUCACCCCAGCAGACCGAACAUACCUCGUGAUGCCAUUAUUCCACGUCCACGGUCUCCUCGCAGCAUUCCUAGCCCCUCUAUACUCCGGAGGCUCCGUAAUAGUCCCUCCCAGAUUCUCCGCCACAGACUUCUGGACGGACUUCACCACCCACAAAGCAAACUGGUACACAGCAGUACCAACCAUCCACCAAAUCCUCCUCAAAACACCCCUUCCCAACCCAGUCCCCCAAAUCCGCUUCAUCCGCUCAUGCUCCUCACCCCUCUCGCCCAAAACCUUCCAAGACCUAGAAAAGGCCUUCAACGCCCCCGUCCUCGAAGCCUACGCCAUGACCGAAGCCGCCCACCAAAUGACCAGCAACCCCCUUCCCCCAGGAAAACGCCAACCCGGCAGCGUAGGCCUAGGCCAAGGCGUGGAAGUACGAAUCCUCGACAACAACGGCAACGAAGUGCCUCAAGGCCAAGAAGCAGAGAUCUGCGUCCGAGGCGACAACGUAACAAAGGGCUACCUGAACAACCCCUCCGCCAACGCAUCCUCCUUCACAGCAGACGGAUUUUUCCGUACAGGAGACCAAGGCAAGAAAGACGCCGAUGGCUACGUUAUCAUCACGGGCCGUAUCAAGGAACUUAUCAAUAAGGGCGGUGAGAAGAUCAGUCCAAUUGAAUUGGAUAAUACGCUCUUGCAUCACCCGAAGGUCGCGGAGGCUGUGUGCUUCGCUAUUCCGGAUGAGGGUCACUACGGGGAGGAUAUCGGUGCUGCGGUGGUGCUUAAGAGUCGGGAUGCUGCUACUGAGAAGGAAUUGAAGGCGUGGGUGGAGUCGAAGUUGGCGAAGUUUAAGACGCCGAAGAAGGUGUGGCUUGUUCCGCAGAUCCCCAAGACAGCGACGGGUAAGAUUCAGCGACGGAAAGUGGCAGAGGCGAUGCUCAAGGUCAAGGCGAAGCUGUAA